AUGAGAAGAAGCUUCGCACGCGCAGGUUUCGAUAAGUAUCUCGCCCAUUAUGUUGAGGCUGAAAAGGUUGGAACAGAAUCUAGCCCCUUUCACUGUUUUACCGUUCAAUCUGCUAACACCUCAAAGUUCCAGGAACUCCAUUGGAAGGACCUCUCAGUCCUCCUGGAAUGGCCAAUCAGUGUAGUCACCGAGAAGUACGGCGAGCCAUGGUGGUAUUUCUCUCGCAAAGACGUCCACGCCGAACUCAAACGCGCUGCUCUCUCCGAAGACGGCUUAGGCACGACACCUCGCUUGAUGAUAGGCGCCCACGUCGAAAGAGUCGACUCGAAAACGGGUUCAGUCUUCCUUAAGUCCGGACAGUCCUAUAAGGCUGACUUGAUCAUCGGUGCGGAUGGGAUUCGGUCUGCCAGUGGCAACUCAGUGUUUGGCAAGCUCGAGACAACACCUGAAGGCCUGUCUGCAUAUCGCUGCAUGAUCCGCACAGAGGAGCUGAGGAAGAACCCGCAGACACAGGUUCUGACUGAAAGUGCAAAGGUGCUAAUGGUGAUUGGCCCCGAUAGAAGAAUCGUGGUGUAUCCUUGCUCGAGUUGGGAUUGGAUGAACUUUGUGUGCAUUUACCCAGACACUAGCGACCGACGGCUCCAGUGGCGUAGUGAAGUCGAGGUGCAAGACAUGGUAGAAAAGUUCAAGGACUUUCACCCUUCCAUAGUCGCUGCCCUGUCGAUGGCUUCCAGUGCGGGAGUCUGGCAGCUGCGGCAGCGCGUGCCGUUACCGACAUUGGUCAAGGAUUGUUACGCCCUAGUAGGAGAUGCAGCACAUGCAAUGGGUCCACAUCAAGGCCAAGGUGCCUGUCAAGUCAUCGAGGACGCAGAGGCUCUUAGAAUAAUCUUGAGCGGUGCCUCGAGUGAGGAUGUUGCAUCUCGGCUCAAAAUAUACGACGAGUUGCGCCUCCCGCGCAUCACCAAGGUCAUGGAAAACACAAAGAAAAUGGCUCCGAGGGCCACCGAUUCGAAGGAGUUUGAGUUUAAGAGUGCGCAGACAUACAGCGACUACCACUGGGGCUAUAAAGUGGCUGAAGAAGCGAUGGGCCUGAUGCAUGCACAUGGGCUAGCAUUGAACAUUGUCAACGACGCAACUGGAGAGAUCGGAUUUGAAUGA